AUGCACGCGAUGAUGGCGACCGCAAUCCGACAGACGACGACAGUAGCAGCAGCAGCCAUCACCGCAUCAGGACGCCCGUCCCGCUCCGCCGCCGUCGCCGCUCGCGCCCUCGCCGCCGCCUCUCUCUCGACUGCUGCCCGCGAUCGCUCCCGCUCUCCCUCUUCGUCGCUCUCGCCCGUCCCGCCCUCGCCCAAAGACGACUACAAGGAGCCGGAAGUCGCCAACGGCAAGGCGGCCGAGGCAGAGGAGGACGAGGUGGUCGAGGAGAAGCCCGCGAAGAAGAAGCGGACGAGGAAGCCCAAGGAGCCCAUUGUUUACGUGAUUCCGGAGGUUGAGCGCUUGGAGACGACGUACAAAGGUCGUCUUGGAUACGCCUGCCUGAACACGAUUCUCCGCAAGGAGAAGCCGCCCGUCUUCUGCAGCCGCACCUGCCGCAUCGACACCAUCUUGAAGGAGGACAAGGGCAUGCCGUACCUCAAGGAGCUUGGUCGACAGAAUACGCUGGACCUCAUCAAGCUCAUCGAGUGGAACGCGGCACACCAUAUCUACUUCCUCCGCGUGUCUUCCGAGCUCUUCCCCUUCGCCGCACAUCCCGACUACCAGUACUCGCUCGAGUAUGCUCAGGAGGAGUUGACGAAGGCAGGAGAGACGGCACGGCGUCUCGGCGUUCGCUUGACCUCGCAUCCUGGACAGUUCUCGCAACUUGGCAGUCCCCGUCAGAUCGUGAUCGAGAACACCUACCGAGAUCUCGAAUACCACAACGAAGUCUUUGACCGCAUGGGGAUGGGCAAGGAUAGCGUCAUGAUCAUUCACGGUGGCGGCGUCUUCGGUGACAAGGCGGCGGCGCUCCAGCGCUUCCGGAAGAACUACAAGGAGCUUUCGCAGGGCGUCAAGAACCGGCUCGUACUCGAGAACGACGAGAUCUGCUACAACGUGGACGACUUGCUCCCGCUCUGCGAAGAGCUGAACAUCCCCCUCGUCUUCGACUUCCACCACGACAGCAUCUACCCCUCCGCCGACCCGCCCGAGAAGCUCAUCCCGCGCAUCCUCGCAACCUGGCACCGAAAGGGAAUCAAGCCCAAAUUCCAUCUUUCCGAGCCGAGGAAGGGCGCUGAGACUAUCAUGGAACGACGAGCUCAUGCUGACCGCUGCCAGCGUCUGCCUGAGCACCUGCCCGACGACAUCGACUUGAUGAUCGAGGCGAAGGAUAAAGAGCAGGCCGUCUUCCACCUCUACCGGAUCUACGGUCUUCAGCCCGUCAUCCACGAGGACCUCCGACCUCCCGCCGAGGAAGAGACGAAGCAAACCGCCGGGCGCAAGUCGAGCAAGAAGAAGAAGGCCGCGGCGUCAGCCGAAGACGGCACGGAUGGCGUCACUGCCUCUUCACCCGCUGCGGAAGACGGAGACCAGCACGACCAGGUCGUACAUGCGGUCGAGGAUGGCGUUGCGCCGCUUCCGGAGGGGAAAAACGCGGAGGGACAGGCGUACUGCCCGCCUGUCGACCCGAAGAAGGCGGACGAACUCGACGGGGAGGAGAAGCCGAAGAAGGGCAAGGCGAAGAAGAGCCCGAAGAAGGCGAAAGAUGGCGAGGAGGGCGAGUCGCCGAAGAAGGGGAAGAGGAAGGCCAAGGCUGCUGCAGCGGACGGAACGGAGGAGGACGGAGAGGUGAAGCCGCCAAAGGCGAAGAAGGCGCGCACGCCAAAGAAGGUGAAGAAGGCGGAGGAGGAGGAGGUAGCUCAGGAGUGA